AAGCAGCUCGCAGUUUGAGUUCUCAGCUUCGCGUUGACGGACGUUCGAGCACUCCACCCGCUGAAAGUUAAUAUCUUUAGUUUCCGAUUCCGUUGCGUGUUGACGCGUUGCAGAUUGAGAUUCAUAUUCCGGAUAUUGUUCUUGAGUGAAAUGAAUAAAGCGGUGUGCCUAGUACUUGUGAUCCAAGCGCUGAUGAUAGUGCAGGCUGAGACCCCACCCUACAUCAAAAAAUGUCAAAGGAAUGACCCUAAAUUGGUGGACUGCUUCAUUGGAGCUAUUGAACACCUUAAGCCAUAUUUGGCCAAUGGCAUUCCUGAUAUUCAGCUGCCCUCUGUGGAGCCCUUUAAGAUGGACUCCCUUGCCUUGCAGUUAACAGAGGGUCCCCAGGGGUAUAAGAUCACGUUAAAGAACAUGGAGGCCUUCGGGGCGAGCAACUUUAAGGUUACUUCCCUGAAACUGAGCGAUGGAAGCGAGCCCUUCAAAGCGAAAAUCGUAAUGCCCAAGCUAAAGAUUGAGGCUAAAUACACGAGUUCCGGAGUCCUUCUGAUCCUGCCAGCCUCCGGAGGUGGAGACUUCCACGCUGACUUCGAGGGUGUGAGUGCCGAUCUCACAGGAAAGACAUCCAUUCACGCUUCCAAGGGCGCAAACUACCUCCACAUCGAUGCGCUUAGUUUGGUUCUGGAUGUAAAGGAUGUGAAAAUGAGCAUCUCGGGUGCCUUCAACAACAACCGAAUUCUGUUGGAGGCCACCAAUCUGUUUCUACGGGAAAACUCUCAAGUCGUUUUGGAGGCUAUGCAGGCUCAAUUGCAAAAAAAAUUGGCCAGCGAGUUUGGCAAGCUCGCCAACCAGCUCCUGAAAAACGUUCCUGUAGAGCAAUUUUACGUGGAUUAAACCUCAUUCUUUUAGAUGGUAGUUCGUUAGUCUUAGGGAAUUUGUAUUUAAUUGUAAAUUACACUGCAAUGCUAUGAACCAAGUAUUAAAUUGUAUAUGGUGUAAACUCUGCGCAUUUGUAUGGGGGAGUAAGGGCCUAGAAUACAUGUAUGAACAUAUGUAGAACCAAAGACAUUAUUAUAACGUCUUUGGUAGAACUAUGGAAGCGAGAAUGUUUUUUACACACAAAAGAUCACAUGGAUAUACUUAUCCUGCUAAAUAUUCUUCCAUUUCCAGUAGUCUUAUUGAAAAUAAGUCGUAGUUUCGUAGUUUUUGAUCAGGGUAUACAAAGACAAAUACGAAUACGAAUUGCGUAUUCGUUAGUUAGUACCAAACAGACGCUAUAA